AUGGGAAGAAGCCUUUUUGUUGACGAGACCCUGGUUGGCAAGACUUCUAUCCCACUGGACCAAUUUAUUGUCAACGAGCAGCUAGCUGCAAUCUCCGAGAAUACUCUCUCCACAGCAUCUGGGUACGAGUUUUGCGACGCCCCGACCGGCUCUGAGUCCUUUUACAAGUAUAUCACAAGCUUCAACAGUAAGGUUGAUGCGCUCUCCCAUGCCCACACCGAUGUUUCUGCCAAACCAAGUGUUCCUACCGGGGCUGCCCAACCAAUCGACCAUGCCAGUAUCAUCAAGGAGGCAAUUUUGGCAUCAAAGACCACGGCCACAAAGGACGUGGCAACCGAAGCCCAAGAGCGAGUCCUACUGUCCUGGCGAAUACUCUUUGGCCAUUUCAUUACCCACCCGGAUGGGAGUGUUGAGACCGACAAGGACUUGGCCUCACAUAUUAACGAAGAUGAAGAAGCCUGCAUGUGGCAGCAUGUGAUCGACCUCACUGGUGUCGCUGUCCACAUCCUCCAUGACCUCCAAACCGUUUUCCAGGUCAUUGCCUCUGAGGCCAAGGACUUCACUCUCCACGCCCAAGCACAACCACUUGGCACCAUUCAACGUGCAAAACUAUUCUCUGGCGCAAGAGCCCAGACACAGCUCCUGCUGGACAAGAUUGACGAAGGACUUCGAAAUUGUCGCCGCCCCAACUAUCCCAGGAUGUCCGCCCUUAGUGCCCUGAUUUCUUCCACCGCGGCCCCCGACGCUUCGCCUUCUGGCAAACGGUCCUCCGAGUCACCAUCCUCCAAACAAGAUACAGUCGCUUCACCUGCAAAGAAGCCAAAGCGUAGCAACGAGGAAAGCACCACCAGGGGUAUGCUCAUCUGUACUUCCACCAGACGACCACCGAUGCCAGAUCAAAAGUGGAAAGUCAACGGUGUGGAGAAGACUGCCUGUGUCAACUUCCUCUUCCAAAACUUCCCGUGCACAAAUACUUGUUGCACUUUGCUCCAUCUCCAUAAGCGAGUGUUCCAAUCUCGUCCUGUUAGCGAACAGGAGUCCUUCAAGACCUGGGUCCAAUCGACUCUGAACGUCAAAUGGGGGCUCCUGGGCAGGAACCACAUACCGGUUAUUAAUUUCCUUCUCUCUCAUGGUUGGUUGUUGUUGCCCCACCAAGUGGCGGCCGCAUCAGUAAGCACUCUUACCCAACAGGUCAACUACUAUGCGUCUCGGCCCACACCUAAGUCACAUUGCAUUGAUCCACAGGACGAGUGUGCUCUCCAGGACUAUCCCCCAACUCGGACAAUUUUUGACGAGCUUGACCCUGCGGACAUGCUUGUUGCUGAACGAUUCCGCCACAUUCUGGAACAGGGCGCAAUGGUAACACCUACCUUUACUCGGUUGGAACAAUCCCAUUUUCUUCGGGAUCUAACGAGCAGAACUGCUGUGGAGUCACCAAACGGUAAGGAUAGUAAUGAUCGAUGCUUCAAGACAGAAAGUUUUUCUCUACAAGAGCGGCUACUUGGACACAACGACCGGCGAUCGCUUGGGCAAAGCUUUCUCCGGAGCCUUACUUCUUCGUCUGUUACUCAAGAGCCACGAGUUUGUUGA